AUGAAGACCGUCUCUGCUCUUCUGCCAGCACUGCUGCUGGCGCACUCUGCCCAAGCGUACAGCGAUGGCUUCGACCUGACGGAUCAUUCGAGCCAGCUCAACUUCUAUCACCAAGCCGCCACCGACCUUACGGCCGACCAAGUCGCGCUUGGCGACACCUGUGUAGUGGACCAAGUUCACAUGGUUAUGCGUCACGGUACCCGAUAUCCUUCAUCUGGGAGCUACAACGGCCUCAAGAGCUUCGCCGAGACUGUCACGGAGUACCUAAGCUGGCCGAACAUGUCAGACUCAAUGGCCGAUGAGCUGAAGUUCCUCAAAACGUGGAACCUCACCGAUCUGAUCCCACACCCGGAGAUCGAGGUGGAAAAUAUCACGACGCUUGGACUACAGGAAGCCUUCGACGUGGGCUUUACUUUCCGUACCACGUACGCCCACUUGUACAACGCCAAAGAAACCGUGUGGUCGAACGCAAAAGAGCGCGUGGUUCGCACAGCCCAGAGCUUCGUCGACGGUUUCCACGGUAAAGGUUGGGACAGCAAUCUCUUGGUUGAAGUAAACAAUACCGACGAGACGUUGGGUGGCAACACACUUACUCCGAUUGACACGUGUCCAAACUUCGAAGGGGACGAGAGUUCGGCUCAGACGGCGUUUGCCACAGCUACAGGCUGGCAAGACGCUCUGGCUGAGCGUCUCGAGUCGCUCUGGCCUGGCUUCGGGUUUUCCACCGGAGUGGCACUCACGGUCAUGGAUCUGUGCAUGUAUCAACGUAAUUUCCUAGGCAAGGACCACGUGGAAUUCUGUCAGAUCUUUACGGACGAUGAGUGGGAGCACUACGGGUACCACAAAGAUCUGGGGUACUAUUACGGAUCAGGCUACGGUGUGGCGUUGGCGCCAACUGUCGGCUUCCCAUACGCCGAGGCGGUGACGAAGCUCUUGAACGAGACGGAGACGACAUACUGUCAGAGAAUCUUCGUGGCUUUCAGCCAGGACACGCAACUAAACGCCCUGUAUUCUGGCUUCGGACUUAACUACGACGAGACGUAUCCGACUGAUGCCAUCAAUGCCACGCGCAACUUCCGUUCGUCUCGUGUAGUUGCAAUGGGGUCGCGCAUGGUGACGGAGCGCGUCAAGUGCAACGGCGAGAGCUACGUACGCUUUAACAUCAAUGAACAGGUGGUCCCACUACCUGGAUGCCAGAGUGGACCGGGACUCACCUGCCCACUCGCUGACUUUGUGCAGUACAUGGAAACUCGCAAGACCGAAGUGGGCGACUUCGUGACGGAAUGCGCCUCUGUCGGCGGGUCUUCCGAGCUCUUGAUCUUUGAAAAUCCGGUCUUGAAUCAGUGCGCCGUGACGUCGUGA